AUGGAUAGUCGUAUUCAGAACAAAACUUAUGAUAGAGUUAUGGUUCCCACGAGGAUGAAUUCAAUGAGAGAGAUGAAUCCAUCAGAAAUACAUAGAAUAAACCAAUUUCAACCAAAUAAUAACUCAUUUUUAUAUCACGAAAUUCUCAAUUCAAAUACAUCACCAGCAUUAAUAACAGAUAUGUCGAGACCUACAUUAGAAAAUAAUGUACUGGAUUCGGUAAAUUCAUCAAAAACAUUGUAUGAUAAUUCACUAAACUAUAAACCCAUGUUAAAUCAAUGUUUAGAACAUUCAGCAAACUUAUUACCAUAUAUAUAUACCAAUACAUCCAAUGGUAAUAUGAUCUAUCAUCGUAAUACACAUCAAGAAGUACUCUUAUCCCCGUCGAUACAUCAUACCAAUCAAUCUGAUCUAGUUGAUUCAUCAUUAUCACCAUCAUUAGCAUCUAAAAGAUUUCGAAAUAAUUUAACACGUUCAACACCAAACUGGACUUGUUUAUGCUCAAAUCAAAUGAAUGAAAUCAAUGAAUAUAGAAAGACACCAAUACAAUUUAAUGUUAUGAAAAAUUUCAAUAGUGAAUGUGAUGAUCGAAUGCAAACUAAAAUAGAUUCUAAACGAAUUCAUCGAACACAUGAUCAUCAUAUAAGAUCAAAUGAUAAUAAUUUAAUGAAUUUAUCAUUAUCAUCAUCAUCUUCUUCAACAUCAUCUCCAUCAUCAACAUCAUUUGAAUGUGCACGAAGUUUCAUUCGAUUGCGUAAUGCACGUGAACGUGAACGUGUACGAUGUGUGAAUGCUGGUUAUGAAUCAUUAAGACGUCAUUUACCAUUAACAAUAUUACCUGAUAGAAGAUUAGCUAAAGUUGAAAUAUUACGUGGUGCCAUUAAUUAUAUUAAUAAAUUAAAAGAAUUACUUGAAAAAUAA